CCUCCCGCUAGCCGAGAAAUACGUAGUCCGCGUGUUUCUCGGCCUGCGAGACAACAGGAGCAUUCAAAAGUUGACCCUCUCCCACAUCGUCUUCGGUAGCAAGGCCAUCGAAGCGCUGGCCCAAAUGGUUCGAACGAACAGGACCAUCACGAGUCUGUCUGUACAGCUCCAGUAUAGCGGUCCCAGCAAUUGGCACCAGCUGAAGGACAUCCGCAACCGACUUGGGGAGGCCAUCCUGGCCAACCACUUCAUCAUCAACCUCUCUGUCGGUAUGGCGGACGUCAGCCGCGCCAGCAGCUAUCAGAUAAAAGAGGCCAUCAGGCGCAACAUGAUGCUUGUCACCCAAGCCAUCCGAUAUGUCCACGGUGCCAAGGGCAUGACCGAAGCGCGGGCCUUCGACACCCUUCGGUACUCGGCCUCCUUGAAGUCGACGCUGUCCAAAUACUACCACGUUGGAGAUGACGAAUCGGACCUCCUCAUCAGCGAGGCACGAGCACGUCUGGCCGCCAACUACAUCUUCUACACGGGCAUCGUCAAGAGUAAGAUCGACUGCUAUCCUCACACUCAAAGGAGAAUGAACGAAAAAACGAUCGACAUCCUUGACCCCGAAUGCCUGGCCCACGUUUGCCGCUACCUCAGCCUCGGCGACGUUGCCAGCCCGUGAGAUUCCCGGAGAAAAUCCUGUUCCUACAGCAUUUGAACUGGUGCUACUGCUUCUACUGCAGCCGGCAAAAAGAGUCGACGUGAAAUUGUGACUCGGUAUUUGGCGAACCCAAGUUUUUUCUUUGAUGUAUAAUUUCUGCUCUUAAGGCAAGUCUGAUUGAAAUCCGUGACUGUUCACUAAUAUUAACAAGCUCGUCGCCUAUCGAAACCUCCCUGUACAGCAACCGCCUUGACUCUUGGACCAUUGGAUAUUAGCUAAAUAUAAGAAUUUCCACAAAUUAGUGUCGCACUUCAAUAACUUGCACUGUGCCUCUACUUUCUUAUUUGCAGUAAUUUAAUAAUCGGCGGCUCCGCGCUAUCUUUGUGCGCAGAAAGUAUUUAAUUCCAUUACGUUUCCCACCAGUGUUCUGUCGCUUUCAUGUCGGUGUACGAUUAGCUACUUUUUCAAGCACCUUUCGAUGCACCUAGAUUUGGUGCACAUAUAUAAUUGUAAUUGCGGUGUUCAUUUUUACGCAAAUUUCUGAAUAUAUUUGAUCCCGUUGCAACAUUUCAACAUGUUCAUAAUACCCUGUAAUCAUCAGGAGUUGUUAGCCUUUAAAGCCCACGGUGAGCUUUUUAUGUUCCGAAUCAAAACAGAAACGUGAUUGUAAAUACGAUUGAAUUUCGUUUUUAUGUGAAGUUGUUACGGCUAAUA